AAGUGGUCGUGAUACGUUAUGAAGAGGCGUGCUGUUCGCUUUAUGUUUUUGCAGUGAAGUCGUUUACAACGCAGAUGCCAUGGAGCCCGAAUGUUUGUGCAGUUGUUUGUACGAGCUGUCCGGAGUGGUAUUCUUGACAAGAGUUCAGCGUUCAGCCCGUUUGACGUACAAUGCAUAGGUCACCUCAUCAGUCCCUCCGUCGAGUACUAUGCAUUCCGGAUAUGAUACUUUUUUAUCCAAUGAGAAUUCGCCAUCUUAUAAUCUAGAUCCAAUGAGACGUCGACAUCACGAAAUCUGACCAAUGAGAUUUUAGGCGCUUCGUGACAAGCCCGGAUCUCAAGAUGGCGGCGGAGUCAGCCGCUCCGUUAGAAGAAAGAUGCGAAGUCCUUACGAUGGAUGAGGGGCCGCAUUUAAACGAGCAGGAGCUCCGGCAAGGCCCGUCAGGUGGGAGGGUUGACCCAGGACAUUAUGGGGGCGGCGGAAAGAGAACAGCUCCACGAAUGGUACUCUGCGAGUUCCUCCGGUGCCUGGAAGAAUGUGGAGCAGGGCACCGAUACGAUCCUUGGAGGCAAGCCAGCACGUUAACGUCUUGUUGGAUAUCCCUCACCUCCUGGUGGAAACAGCUACCGUUCCUAGAGGCUGCGAAGGCGCUUACACUGAAAACUCUUCAGCUGAUCAACAGCUCCUUUGGGAAGCUUCCUCGUGGCCUAAGGGAUGAGCUGUGUGCUGCCAUCGGGUGUUGCAGUGAGACACUUGGACCCCACAUGGUGUCCUUCUCGGCCGUAUGUCGCUGCCUACUGGAGGCUGCUACCAUGCCCCAGGGUGACACCCUUCUGCAGCGUCUGCUACAGGAGGGAACCAGCAAUGUGGUCGCCGAUGCGCACACUUCAGGAGAAGCUUGCGGCUUAACUGAGGCUGUGGGCGAGGCAGAGCUGCUGCUUCGCUUAGAGUGCCUGCGCUUCUGGGAGCGGGAGGCCACUGUGGAAAGAGUGUGUCGAGCACGGCUGCGGAGCUGUUGUGCACGCUGCUGCGAGCGUGCCGCAUCCUCCAAGCCCAAGCUUAGCAAAGAAGAACCACUAGAGGCUGUACCUUCCACAUCUUCCCAUCAUGACAUGUGCCAGCCUAGGGCAGGACCCUCAAGCUCCAAGGAGAGUGGAAUAUUCUUGGUGCCUAAGGUGCCUGACUCUCCUAAAAGUGGGGUUAGCAAGGCUGGUCCUCAACAGGGACAGUGCUUUCAGGAGCUCUUGCUGUGCUCUCUGUACCGGCAGCGAAAGAUACAGGAAUUCUGCAAAGAGACAUCUGGCAUGUCCUGCCACCAGGGGGUGCAGUUGAUCCGCAGCCUGCGUGGCAGCGGGGAAGAUCUGGAACGGCAGGACGUGUCCGAGGCCCUGGCCCACGUGUUCCUGGUGCGUGAUUUGCUGCUGCCCUCGACUUACUGCUGCACUCGGGACCUUAUGGUGUUGUGGUGCGAGCUACAGGGGCAGAGCCUGGAUCACGUGGGGCGUGCUGCUCAGCGUCUCGUAGUGCCCCACGCUUCUGCCAGCGCUCACUUCUACCUGUUUGCCGACGUCCUUUGGGAGCAUUUUGGUCGUGGCCUCUUCCCAGUCUACUUGGACAUGUUUGUGCGAGGCCUCACGACGGACAUCAACCAUUUGGAAGUGGCCGUCCACAAAGAGGAAUCUGAAAGUGUGUAUGAACUGGAAGUGCACAUUGCAGGCGUAUUUGCUAAAAUGUCCUCCCUCUUCUUUGAUCAUCCUGAAGUGGCUCGCCAAUGCAUGCUUAGUGCUUUUGCCCUUGAACCAACAGAAGAAAGGCUCAAUGCACUCGAACGGCUCACAAGGCAAAUCCACGCCACCCCGGACACAGCAGGGGGUGUGCUGUGCCGUUGCGGUGGGCUCUCCUGCAAGAACAUGCUGCCGGAAGGACCCCUGGCUGUAGAUGACGGCCGUCCCACGUACGAGGCGGACUUCUGGCACCCCGUACUCAGCAACAUAUUGCCCGGAGUGUCGUACGCCUUAUUGAAGGAUCUCGUAACCGUGUUGGAAUGCCUGCGCCCUCGGACUCUAACCUUGUGCUCGGACUGGCAGGCGUACCUGAAUUCCUACCUGAAUGCGAGGCACGGGGCCAAUUACCCUGUGUACUGUGGCAGCGCUGAUAGUGAAAUGGAUUCUACGUCUGAGGACGACGCAGGAGAAGGGCCAUCAUCUCUGGACAGGAUUCUAGCAGGGUCGGAAGGCAUGCCUCCCCAGGGCGGCAAGAGGCGCGACAAACGCAGGGCAAAUGCGAAGUGCAAGUCGUCGCACAAGAAAAAAAAAGGCUCUCGACAUCACCACAAAGAAGCUGAAGAGGGAAAGGAUCCGCCUCGGGUGAAGAAAAAGAGCAAGAAGAAAAGCUCCUCCCACCGAAGAGCCGAGGUGGAGGAGCCUUCACCGAGCAUCGGCGCCCCCUGUCUUCCGCCGCUGAGGGUCCUGUUGAGCAAGUUUGACAGCCUGUCCGCUGGGUUGAACAGGAGAGCAGCGGAAAACAAGGCAGGAAGCGGCCCAACUGUUGUGAGUCGUCUCACGCUUCCGAACAUUUCUGCUGACCUCAAGGAGCCCUGGCUAGUGGACAAAGACCGUUUGCAGAUAGAGCUGCCCAAAGACGACACCUUCCAAAGAGUAGCGGACGAUUUUCAUGUUGGGCUUGGGAACACACCGCUUAAGAGGUUCUUGAAGUGUCAGAUUAGAAGACCUAUUCUUAGCAAAAAGAAAGUACCCGUCAAAGUGGUGGUGCGAGCAGCGAAACCCUCGCUGCGCUUCCAGUCUGCAUUGUCGACGGUUAUCAGCACACCCAAGGUUCCCUCAUCAGCCAAGGCUGCUUCUGCUGGGAAGACGCCCGCUAUCACCAAAUCCCCCAGUGUUUGUAAGGUCCCUGCAGCUACCAGGACCCAGGCUUCAGUGAUAAGGGCCCCUGUCACUGGCAAGCCCGCCGCUGUGAGCAAGCCAGUAGGAGUAGCCAAGGCUGCAGUAGUGACCAAGGCUAUGCCAGUGAACAGAGCGGUAGCUCCAGUUUCAGUCAGCCCAGCGUCAUCUGCUGUGACAAAGCCACUACGAGAUUACAUCAAGAUAACAAAGUCAUCUGCAACAGCUUCAGUAGUGCAGACCAGCUCCAGCCAGGUGCCAGCACCAAUCUCAUCUACACCAGCAAUAUCUGCCACAUCCGCUGUUCAGGCUGCCACGUGCCAGGCACCGCACAUUGUAAUGGCGCCUACGAUGCGCAUCCCCAUGGUCACAACAACAACAUACUCUAGACUUGUAACAUCGACCGUGCAGAACACUCCUGUGUCGCCCAUGGUUGCGUCCGCGGCCAUGGUGCAGCAACAGUGCAUGCCGCGUGCUCCGCUACAGGUUUCCGGAGCGUGCAUCACUCACCUUCCAGUGGUGAGCACAACAGCUGCAACGAUACCGUCUCCCGUGGCUGUGUCGAGUUCUGCCGUGCCGACAGUAGCGAGCCAGCAACCCACAGCAGUGCCCAUCACAAUGGACAGCACCGGCCAGGCAUUUACCUCAUUGCGAUCCGGCCAAGCAACUGUACUGCGGUUGCCGGUGUACUCACGAGUGAUCCAACAGCACAUGGGUCAGGCUGCAAUUAAGACUGACAACCCACCUGGCGUUUGCAUGCUGCCCAUGAAACUUGUGAAUGCAGCCGUGCUCUCGGGGCAGGAGAAGACCCUGAGUGUUGGCAACCAGAAGAUAACCAUCAACCCUCUUCCCAGCCUCCUCGCCAACACCAGUGCUGCUACGGGGGUGACGGUCGCCGCGAGUGGUGGGACGCAAAACAUUAUGACAGCCAAGAUCCUUCCGACAAUGAUGAGUGGUCAGAACAUCCAGGCCAUGCAACAGAUGAUGCGUCUCAACACUCUGCAGGGGGGCCUCACACCUGUCAGCGGCACGCCCUGCAGCACAGCGGUGCUGCCCACGGAGCAGUUGACCGGCCAGCCAGGCCUGGCUACGAAUCUGACCACACUGACGAUGCCACUUCCGGGUAGCAUAGCGACGGCCGGAGGAAGAGUCAUUGCGGGCAAGAUCAUGAUUCCAGUAAACAGCCUCCUGCAGCAAGGUGCAACACUUCAGGCAGGCCAGGGGAUGUCUCUCUCUGGCAUGCCUGUAAUCAUUCUGAAAAACCAGGCUCCACCAAAGAUAGUCACUGAUGGAGCCGCAGUGCCUCAACAGGCAACUCCGACAGUGCAAGCAGCCAUACCAGUGCAGGCAAACGGGGCACAAGUCACUGCUGUGCCAGCUUCUGCUCCGCCGGUACCUCUCUCGUCCACCACAGUUGCUUCUCCCGCGCCAGCUGUGGCCAUCAGCUCGCCAUCCACUGCAACAACAGCGGCAAACUUGGCAGCAAAGAAAACUUGGAUGCCCAUCAGAAGCAAACCAGGCAGCAUGGAGUAUAGGAAAGCGUGCAACAUGCCACUGGUGAAGGCCACAAGGGCCAGGGUUCUGGCUCCUGUGACCCAACCUACGGUGACAUACACGACACCAUCCUCCAUUGCUGUCACCAAGGUGACUGUGGCUCCAGGUGUGCAGCUGCCCUGUCGCACAAUCACCCUUCCAGGUGGCGGGGUGGCACACCUUACUGUUCCGAUGGCAUCUCUGGCAACAACGGUGCAGCAAGGCCUAACAGUCACCACGUCUGCCACGGGCGUGCAGGUGGCCACGUCCACCAUGCCGGCAGUGACGCAAGUGAUAGCUCCCAAGAUCAUUACGCGUCAGGUGACUGUGCCCCUCGCAAAGUUGCUGCAGAAGCCACCGCUCAUUGUGGCGAAGCCCGCGGACCUGCCCGCAGUUACGACGCAAGCUUUAUCGUCGUCCUUUGGUGCACCUCCGCAGGUUGUAGCCGGAUCUCACCGAGAUGCAGAAGUUGCGCAGUCAGAGGUGGAGAAACCCGCACCAGAAGUGCCGUCACUUCCAGUCGAAGUUGUGAAGGCGAAAGAAGUCGUGGUCAAGCCCCGCACUGCAAUACACCUGCCUUUCCCGGACGACCUGGUCGACCCCACACCGAGUGGGGCUACAUUCAUUCCUAUUACGAGCAGCGAGCUGCUCCCUACCAAGAUGUCCGAGGACGAUGAGCUGAGUCGACAGCAUAGGCGAAGGAAGCCGUUGCCAGUGGUGAAGACUAGGACCGUGCCACGGCCUGCCCUUUCUAGUUCUACCCUGAGGUCGCUCACGUCUAUCUGCGAUGCAGUCAAGUACAGCAUCCUGGCAGCUGACGAGACUGCAGAAGGCGUGGAUGCAGAGGCAACUGUCAAGAACUGCAUGGAGAAUGAACUGGACUACUCGAGCGAUGACGGUUCCGAACGCAGCAUCGAAGACCUGUUUGAGGAAGAGGCAAUGCAGCUCCGCCUAGAUCACGAAGAUGAGCUCAACGGCAUACUCUACGUUCCGGAAUCUAACACGUCGGAGCCAGACUACGAGGCUACGCCGUGGUCCAGUCAGUCAUACUGUGAGCCACCGGGCUCCGAGUGUGACCCUCGGGAUAUUACUUCCGCUAUCUCUGAGAACUCCCUGGACUCCCUAACGAAGAGGGCCAUAAAGCCAAAAACGCCAGCAGGCAUGGUCAGUACCAACAGCAGCAUGGAGAACAACUCCCAGUCUCCCUCAAAGUUCUACUGUGGUCAGUGUGACCGGGGAUUUUUCUCUGCCUACAAUCUUCGUCGUCACCAGAAGAAUGUUCACAAAAUGGAAUUCAGGUCGUUCCCGCAACAAAGAAGUCCGGCAUCCUCACCCGUGCCGUGCAUGCGCGAAACUCCUUCUCCGCAGCAACGAAUCGUCCCAACUGUGAAGCUGGCACAUCGUCCAGUCUCGCAAACCCCGAUGCAUGCAAACAAAGGUGUGGUGCAUCCAUAUCAGGGUCACAGGCAGAAUGUUGCUGCAAUGCCUAAACAGGUCUUGCUUGAUAGCGAUGCCGACUCCUUGUCUGAAAGGACAGCGUUUUCCGGCAUACAAGGGUCGAGAGAAAGUGACUCUGAAGAGACGCCCCUGCUUACGAUAAAGGAUGAGCCGACGGAACCCAUUCGUAGGAGCAACUUGCUGCACCAACCUUCUAAAACAAAAAGCACUCCCUGCCUGAUGCAGGUGCCCGAUGGUGCACCUCAGCCCUCUCAGCACGCGGGGCACUCCGGGCAGUUUUGCGGUUUGACGCCGAAGGUCGAGAUGGACGUUUCUCCUGACCUGUCAAAGAGCCUGGAUCCGGACGACAUCUUGGAAUCCCUGGAAGUAGCCAAGAUGUCGGGCUGGUCUGCCUCGGAGAGCCCAAAUACGGACGGCAGCUCCUUCCCAGUCAAGCAGGAGUCGAAACGUUGCACCGCAUUGGAGGAAUUGCUUGCCAAAGAUACUGGCAACGAUCAGCUGGGAAACCAUAUUGGAAGGCAAAGCGACAGCCUGGACGCUAUCGAACCAACUGUUCCGCCAGAUGAGGCCAUCUUGGGUGACGUUCACCUGGACGAUGAUGCAGAGGAUGCCGAGGAUGUUAAAGAUGUGCAUGGCACAGCCUGGGAUGGGCUGUCGGCGGACGACAUGAAGGCAGUGGAGUCCCUCGCGGGGGAAUACGUCACAGACAGCCUAGAGUUCUUCGUGGCACCCAAGAAUGCCAUGGGCGUUGAGGACAACGACGAUCCUCUGGGGUUCCCGGAAAGGAUACCGCAGGAUUUGGAGGACGGCGACGACGAUGACGCGCUGGAUGAGGCAAUGAAUGACGUCAACAAUGCCGCUCUGGACGUGAAGACGCUCGGCGAUGUCGUCAAGGUGGAGGAAGACGCCAAGCCGUGCACCAGUCACUGCCGCACUCGAUCACGCGAGGCGUCCGUCAAGCGUAGCUGCCCGUGCUGUGAGGACGCUUCCCCGAAACGUUGUCGCCCCAGCCCAAGACUGACGCGCAGUGCUUCUACGAGUAAAGCGCGGUCAACGAAGAAGGUGCGGAUAAGGUGAUUGUGAGUUUUCUCGGCAAGGUUCCUUACGCUGAACGUCUUGGUACUGUUUAUGUGCAGAACCUCAAAGUUCUUACCGGAAAGUAUUUCUUGGGAAAGUGAUGUUCUUAAGAACUCUCCAGGCAGUGUGUACUGGAUACAAUGUUUUAUGUUGUGGCAGUGCAGGGAAGUGACAUUUUCUCCAGGAUCUUUGCAGACACAAUGGGAGUGGGGCAAGCCGUGAACAGGACUAUACGGGACAGUGUUCUUGCUUUCUCGCUGGGAACGGAAGAGGCAGGGUAUUUGCUCGAGCGCCCAGCCCCACACUUUUUUUGCUGGUCAUGGUGUCACUGGUGUCACACGUUUCAAACUUCAUGUCAUGUCUGUGACAUUUUAAGUGUACAAAGCUACAGUUUUUAGACUUCAGGAGUAAAAAAGUUAUGAGAGGGAGACAAACAAGACGUUGUGACAACAGAGCCAUCUGGUGAAAAGCAAAGUUUAGGUGCGUACUGUGCACUGCAUCAGUUUAUGAAUUGUGCGAAGCUCAACUGUCGUUCCCCAUUAGUCUCCGUUCUCACAAGGAUUUGCAUUUGCUUGCAACGUUAUCGGCGGUCAGAUUCAGUCUUCAAGUUGCAGGUAGUAGUCCAGGUAGUAAUAUAGGCCCAAAGUAACAUUGACUUGUAUUAAACACCUAUAACACCAUAACCGACAAUGAAUAUGGGCCAGGUUCUUGAAAAACACCCUGCACAUAUUUCCUUGAGCGCUGCUCGUAUGGGAAGAAAGGUCUCAUGUAAAUAUAACGUUUGGCACUGAAAGCUAAGCAGUGUCUACAAUUAACUUAUAAUGUGUAACUUAUUUGGAAGGCUCUCCUGCUCCCAGCGCUGCCUAAGUAAUGUGCUGCAUCCAACAGUAAUAGUUCUUGAUUGCAGAUGGUACAGCAGCGGAAAUUUGAAGCUCUUUUGUUGCUCUCGAGUGCAUUUCCAGUCUUGUACAAAUCAUGGAGCCGUAUCUUUCCUCUUACCACAACGGGGGUGGAAGUGAAGAGGAAGUUCUCUGAAUUACGCCUUUUGUUGGUGAAAAAAUGUAAAUAUUUUAAAUGUUGUUCGACAACUGGAGUCCUCUGCCAAAAACUGUUGGUGCGUGUGAAUAUGGUAGCUUUUUUCCCCCCUUUUUUGAUACACUGUACAGCAUUUGCCACUCACAAUAAAAUUUCUAAUCUCGA